AUGUCUGAAUCAUUAGAUUAUUGUUUAGAAUUGCUUACGAAGUCCGCGGAAUCAAUAUCGACAUUAUAUUUUAAGCCACCGGGAAUAUUUCAAAACGCCAUUGUACCAUGUAAUAGUAAAUCUUAUUCAGACCUGAUAGUUAAGCUUAUCAGAGAUGGUGAUUCCAUUGAAGAAGUAUCGCUAUAUAAUAGCACUAAUGAUGGAAACCUUAAACGUAAAGAUGGAAAAGUCGGAAUAUAUGAUCACCUUCUCGAACGAGAGGCUUCUCUGAAAAGGAACAGGACAUCAGUAUUGCCAGACUCGGGACCUAUAACAUAUAUCCCAAAGGAGUUUUACCUCAAUCAAAAUGACCACGUUAUUAGAAAGAAGCAGAAAACAGCGAGAGAUUUUAUCUUUGAUGGUACUCAUAGCGAUGAACUAGGGAUAUAUGACGUUUUAUUAAAGAAAUUCCAUAAAAAUAUUCAGAUCGAACAAUUUCUCUACGCAUUACAAAACGGAAGCGUGAUAACAGGGGAAGAUGUAUCAAGAAGAAAAACACUUUUCGUUGAAGACUUUCCUGUGUCUAUAAUAUUGACCGUCUUUCAAGAGAUUAUCGAUCAAUGGCCAUUGGCUGAAUAUAAAGAUAGAUUUGAAAAGCUAAUGUCGGUUUACAACGAAUUACAGUCGGAUAUAUCAGAAUUGAAGGAUAAGGUCAAACAACAAGAAUCAGAGUUUCAGCAUGAUCCCCUUCCCGGAAGAGAUUCGGUAUCCUCAUUGAUUGAAAAAGAAGAGAGUGAAAUCAAGAGACUUGAGGAGGAGCUUGAGAUAUUAGCAAACAAGCAUGACGUAAUGAACACAGACUAA